AUGGCUGCAGUUGAUGACAAGAAACGCCAUGGAGGCUCAAAAGUGUCGGCAAUUGCAAAUAUAUUCCAGUCAAAACCACAACUAGAAAACCUUAGUCACAGAACAAAUGUUGUUUUAUCGGAUCCCAUGAAAGAUCCUCCAGCACCGUUGAAAGAUUCUCCUACGCAAGUAACCGUUGUACGAACAGAGAGUCACGUUGCUCGAUUUAACAAUGCAAGGGCUUUAUUUGAGAAACUUGGAGAGGAAAACAAGCCGCAUCGUCCAGUGGAUCGAGUAAUGAAACCAACAAAUUUACACGGACUUCGCUCACGUUCAAGUUCGGCUAAUUCUGGUUCCGGUUGUACAUCUCCUGCUCGGUCGCCCAGACCUAGGUCACCAUCGCCAACAGGUACAAGAGAUCAUUUAAGUAAUUGGAGUGCAAGUGUACCUGCUUUGAAUGCAGAGCGUCAUUUUGAGAAUGGGCAUAGUCAUGGCCCUGAAGCAGUCGUAGAUAGAUUAAGACCUAGACCAGGUUUUGGAAGACCUGAUAAAUUUGAGAAGAAUUAUGGAAAAGAAAAUCGAAUGGAUGAGAGACCGGAGAAGCCAGAAAAACCAGAGAGAAGAUUGAAUUCUAAAGAGUUAAUUGAGAAGCAAAAAAACUGGACCAGCCAUUUCUCUAAAACGCGGCCAAGCAGAUAUAAUUCUGAUCCGAAUAGAUCAAUAGUUCAAACUACUUUAAAUCAAAGUUUAAACAGGUCUACUGGCGAAAAUGCCACCUCAGUAUACUCUCCUGGCUUGCCAGCUCAUGAUAAAGAUUCGAGGGGAACAACAGAUGUCACUAAUAAUCUUGCGACCAGAUCGGCUAGUUUUUGUUCUACGAGACCAUCACCAAAUAUGUCUCCGCCUCCGCCACCCCCUCCAGCCAGAAUUUCGUCUACAAAUAGCAUUUGUUCAGGAAUCUCCAGAAAAGAACGACCUGCUAGUGUAGCUGCCAUUAGUCCUACUACUCCUGAAUUUCUUUCUAGUCCUAAAAGUCCAGAGUAUGCAACGGUAAAUAAAAAUUUUGAUGUGUUUUCAAACACUCCUGACUAUGCAGUUGUACAGAAGGGUCCAAUUGUACAAGCUUCAAAGGUCUCAAGCCUUGCAAGUAUGCAAAAAGAUCAAGAAACCUCCUUACCUGAAUAUGCUGUAGUGCAGAAGAAUGUAUCGGGCAGAGUUGUCCAAAAAAAUUCGAUGCCCUUAAAAGUUGAAAACGUUGAAGUAUCAAAAAUUCUUGGACAUUUGGAUAAUAAACAUAACACUUUUAAAAGUGGUACAGUUUCCGAAAGUUUUGAGAACCAGUCCAGCGUCAAAUCUAAUUUAGGUCCAGGGAAAAUGCAACAAAAUACAAAUUAUGUUUUAACUGACAGCUCAGGUUUUGAUCAAUUGCCUACUCCGGAUUAUUCUAAUUAUCCAAACUGUCCAUUAAGAUCUCCUCCUAAGACAUCAGAAUGGAAAAAUCAAUGGCUUGCCAAAAAUGAGGAAAUUUUAAAAAAUGCUGAUCUGAAUUCACAAACGUCGAAAGAAACUUUGAAUGAAAGUGUGAAGUAUGCAGAAAAACAUCGGUCAGAUUCAAGACCAAACUGGGCAAAACCAAGCGUUGAUACAGUGAAACAAAAGGAAGAAAUCAAUAGAUCUAAAACGGUAGACAUAUCAAAGUCACCUGAUAUCGAGCUUCGACCACCUUCAGCUUGCACAGACAGUACUUCAUCGGGCAUGAGUUCGCCCAGUUCUCCUUCAAAAGACAGUAAAGAAGAAAAAGCUGAUAAGGAGGUGCUAGAAAAGAAUCAAAAAGGACGUAACAGCUAUGACCUAGAAAUAGAGGAUUCGCAUAAACCAACUAUAUACACGGAGAAAACAGUAGAUCAUGAAUUCAGCCCAGAGAAACCAUUUAGUGAAACAGAUACAGCGACAGUUAUUCGAAGGUCUCAUCUUCGAGUGGACUUGCCUGCCGCUGGUUUGGGACAACGCCCACCUUCGGUUGUUAGUUCAGAUCAAGAAUACCCUCCAUUGGAACACAAAGAUAUACCAAUUCCGUCACCAUAUGCAAAAAGAUUACAGCAUGCACAAAUCUCUGAGUCUACGAUACAAAGUAAACAAGGUCAUCAAUCGAAAGCGCAGAAUAUCGAACAAGGAAAAGGAGGAGCGCCACAACAAGACACGCUUUAUAAAUUUCAAGAAACAGCAGCUAAUCAGAGUUCUUCGUUGCAAUCUGCUAUAUUAAAGUCGCCAAAUUUAAUCGAUAGCCUAUCUCAAAUUCCGAAACCGGAAAUACCAUUAUAUGCUACAAAUGAUCAAUUAAACUUUUCCAAGCAGGAAGCACUGACUGACAACAAGGAAAUAUCUGACGCAACUAAUAGUGUCACAGAUCCAAAGUCUAUGCAGCAUAAAACGGUUAAUUUGGAAAAAUCCGUGACGAGUACAAAUCAAUCUCUGAAGGCUUCUACCAAUCAAGAUAAGAAUUAUUCAAAUGGCACAAAAUCAAUGACAGACUUCAUUAAUUCUGCUACUAAGGAUAGUUUUAACGAAAACGAAACAAUUUCUAUCACUACUACAGCUAAUACUACUACUACCACUACUACUACUACCAAUACCUCUAAGAUGAGAUCCGAUAUACAUGCUGCGAAAAAUUCUAAUUUGGAAGGCGCAAAUAAGACUUCGAAUACGUCAAAAGUCGAUGGACUUGGGCAAUCACAAACAACAUGGGAGCAAGAGAAAUUAAAGGCUGAUCAAAUUGCUGCUACAAAGUUGCAACAUAUGACUUCAAGUAAAUUUUUAUUGAAAUCCCAAGUUGUUGAAUCAACUGACAACUACCAGGAGGAACAUGUCUCAAGUUCGCAUGAAAGUAAAUCAGCCAGUGAUGAUAAAGUAUCUGAAAGUAGUUUGCAAGAGGACAGCGACUCCAGUGAUGCUAAAACCAUAACAAAUAUGGAAAGUCUUUCACCCCAUGCGAAGCAGAAUAUGAACGGCCAAGAUGCAACAUCAAUCAGACCCCGAGCUAGUCAAACAACUCCAGUAACUCCAGACACAAUGACUGCAGACGAAGCUGAAAAUCUCCUGAGCUCUCGCAUAUUGGAAAAGAAAAUUAGACAAGGAUCGGCUUUGCUAUCGGACGAGGAAGCUCAAGAAAUAGCCAGACUGUUGUCACCUACAACAACUACUGCAACACCUGGUGAUAAAGAUAGGGAGGUAGACAGAGACAACGAAAAAGAUAGAGAGGAACAAGACAACACCCCAGACUGGCUUUCCGAUGUUCUUUCUGCUCCUGAUUCCAGCCUAGUUAACAGUACCACUCACGAUUACAGUUUGUCUAAUAGGUCACGAAGUGAUCUGACGAUAGACUCCUUGACCGAAAGCCAAAUAGGCUCAGUGACAGGAAGUGAGAGCGAAUUGCUGGGAUCUGUCAGCAGCUUGAAUGACACGCAAGAAACUAAUGAUGAUACAGAAACUGAACACCAAGACGAUUAUACACCUGUGCCUGGAAAAAUUAUUUUAGUCGAAAAUGGAGUACAUUAUUACGAAGAUGGUCACUUUUGGAUGGAAGUUGCUGGUCUUCCUGAUUCAGACGAAGAUGACGAAGAUUUACUUCCGACAGUUAUACCUGCGAAGAAAACCAAUAUGAAAGUUUCAUUUGAUACAGGGCCAAUGCGGGUUUACUCGACACACUCGGUCAAUGAGUACGAUCGACGCAACGAAGAUGUUGACCCUGUUGCUGCAAGUGCAGAGUAUGAGCUUGAGAAACGUGUUGAAAAAAUGGAGGUUUUCCCAGUUGAGCUAAUGAAAGGGCCAGAGGGACUUGGCUUGAGUAUAAUUGGAAUGGGUGUUGGUGCCGAUGCAGGCCUUGAAAAACUUGGUAUUUUUGUGAAGACGAUUACCGAAAAGGGUGCUGCUGCUCGGGAAGGUCGUAUUCAGGUUAAUGAUCAGAUUGUUGAGGUGGAUGGCAAAUCUCUGAUUGGUGUGACCCAAGCUUAUGCUGCAAGUGUUCUGCGCAAUACCUCAGGUCUAGUACGUUUUCUAAUUGGCAGAGAACGGGACCCUCGUAAUUCUGAAGUGGCCAUGCUCAUUCGGCAGAGCUUGCAGGCUGACCGGGAGCGUGAAGAAGCCAAUGGAUCUGCAACAAGAAGACUAAAUUUUUCGGACGGAACUUCGCCGGAUAGCCAACGAGUUGGUAUGGGUGAAGAAAACUCCUCGAUGAGUCGUUUGGGUGGAGGCAUACCUGGCUCUCCUACCAUGUCAUCUUGCUCGGAGGGCGAACCUCCAGCCAGCCCGAUUGAUGCAUAUUCGUCACCGGCUAGUCGAAGUCGGUCACCCAUCAUUAGUUCAUCUUUACCAUUGCCUUCUACUAUUCCAACAACGACGACACAGAGUGAUGUAGACAGUCUGCGAAUUCUCCUACAGGAGAGUCAGUAUAAGCUUGCCUUAGCCGACGGAGAGGUGGAAAACCUCAAAACAAAGUUGGUAGAGCUGGAGAAUACUGGAGCAGGGAGCGAAGAAUAUGCUGCAAAAUUACGUGAAUCUGGGUUGCGAUUACACGAAUCGGAGCGUGCUCUGAGUAUAGCACGUCAAGAUUUAGCAUCUGUCCGUGAAAUGCUCUCUCAAGCAACAGCUCAAAAUGCAACUAUUCAACAAAAAUAUGCACGGGCAAGACGGGCUGCCCGAGAACUCAGAGCUGAUGUUAUUGCACGAGAUGAGUUUUAUCAACAGCUUUUACAUGAGAAAGAUGCAGAGUAUAACUCAUUAGUGAAAUGCCUGAAAGACAGGGUAAUAGCAUUAGAAAUGGAAUUGACUGAAACUCAAAGGAGAUUCGGACUUCCAGUACGAUUGCCAUACGAUGGUGCAACAGCACGCAUUGUAACACCCCAGCCAACAAGACGCCAAAUGCCACCUCCACCUUCUGCUGCAAGUUGUCAAUUAUCAGAUACAGAGGUUUCUGAUCUUAGCAGUCCUGAUGAUGGAGACAAAACAGCUACUGUGGAACGCAAACUACCCUUGCCAUUACCGGUCAAAGAAGAACUCGAUCGAGCUGUGCCAGCUCAUCGUCUUCUUGAUAAUUCAGCAGGUAAAAGUAAAGCUGAACUUGCUAGUCGAGGUGGACUCGCAAAUCGUCAACUUCCCAAACGACCUGGUGGUCUCAGCAAUAGCAGCUCAGACUAUGGCUUAGAUGAGUCUGGUGAUAAUACAGAUGAAGACUUAUCUUCAAAGAAUACUAGUGCUCAUGACGGAAUAACUCGUUCUGCUAACGAUUUGUCACGACCUUCAAACUUGAGUUCCUAUUCGAGCAGCUCAUCGAUCAGUUCACAAAAAAGUAAGCAACACUUGGAGUCAACUACAUCUGUGCGCCAACAUAGUACAAUUAGCUCGCAAGUUAGAGCUAUGACUGAACAAAGCUGGCCCCCUCCACAGAAAGGUCUUUCAGGCCCUCCUGCAUCAUUAGCAGAGCAAUUAAAACAAGUCUUAGCUGAAAGAGAGCGCAGGCUAGGUGGAAAUGAUAUGUCAUCUUCAAGAGAAAGUUCUGGGGAUUUCACGGACUUAAAUAAUCCUCAGUCCAGUGAUCCGACACUUGUGACACAUCAUUUGGUGGAGGAAAUUCGACAGGCUGUGAAUGAAGCAAGUCAAAGAGUUAAAAAAGUAGCAGUUCCUCCGCAGAACUUGAUUGGUAGUGGGAACGCACCCUGGCACCAUCCAGGUGGAUCUCCAUCAAGUCUUUCGUCAGGAGGUUCUAUUAGUCCACCUGGAGCUGAUCCGAGUCCAUCAAAAACUGGUAGCGCAGAUUCAAGUGAAGUUUGGCUUCCUCCUCAUCCCAGUGAUUUUGGCUUGGGAGAUAAAAAAACAUCCCACUUUUGGCAAAAUGCUCCUAUCACUGAUUGGUCUAAAGAACAAGUGUGCCAAUGGUUGUCAGCAAUGGGUCUCGAACGUUAUGCCCCACGUUUUGUUGAUGCUGGAAUAGCAGGAGGGGGUCUCUUAAGACUCGAAUCACGCGAUUUGAAAGCUCUUGGUGUCGCAGGAGAGGAAAAAGCACGACUGAAACGAAAAUUGAAAGAAUUGCGAGCGCAAGCCGAACGUGAGCGUAAGGAGCGCAAGGAGUUAGAACGGAUGCGACGCAAAGCUGAAAAGGCAGCUAAGAAAAAGUAAUUGUAGCAGACAGUCCUGAUAGAGAUUCCUACUUUUAUACAACUCAAAAGGCAAUAAGGAGUACGAAUUUUUAAAAUAAAUUCUGAAUAAAAACUCAGGCAGUCAAACCGGUAAUUUUUUUAUAUAAUGAUUCAAGAUUUAUCUUCAUUCCAUAAUGUAUAAGUCUCUCUCGCGGCUUGACCAUUGUUUAUUUUUUGCGAGGCAAUUAAAAAAAAAUAUAUAUGAAUCAUCUGAGUGCUCCACAUACAGUUGGAUCAUAAUCGCUUGAAUGAAAUGAGAUGAAUGAAUGCGUUAUUAACUAAAAUCUUUGUCUGUUAUUAUCUUUUAAUCGAUCCGACCUUUAAAAUGUUUUCAGAGAGUAUUUAAUUUGGUUUUUCAUUCUACGGAUCUGAAGCACUCUUCACAUUGCGAAACAUUGUGAAACAUUGUACCUUUCAUUGACUACUGAAGUAUCUUUUUGUAUAGCUUCAUCAUAAUCAGACCUCUGGCUUAUCAAUAUUGUCUUACCUACCAGGUAUGAUAAAAAUGGCUACUUAGCGCAGGCACUGAGUACCACGUAAAUUAAAGCAUCUGUGGAAUUAAACGUUAUUGAUUUUGAGAGUGACCAUUUAGACAUACUGUUUUAAAAUAUUAAUAUUUCAUCAGUUUCCUUUACCUCUUUCAUAAUAACAUUACAGUCAUUUAAAUAUGCAAAAACAGUAACGAGCUAUUCGUUAUUAGCUCUGCGUAUAGUUUACUUUCCAAUAAAUUUCCAAUGAUUUUAGGUGGGCGAUGAAAAAAAAAUAGAUGUGUCAUCUGAAGGCAAUUAUCAAAGAAGAUUGCUUAUGCUGUUCAGUAUUAAAAGUAUUAAUAUUGUGAUCAUUACGCAUCAAACUAAGUACUCAAAUCCUAUUAAAAAUUGAUGACACGUAGCACGGCAAAGGUAAAGAAAGUAAUUAUAGAAUGUUACUAUGUAACUGAUAUAAUUUAAAGGCAUAAAAAGUCAAAUAAAUUUGGAGCUUGAUCCAUCAAACACAAAUCUAAAAGUUAAUGAGUUUCAACCUUCCGGUAUGAAAUUUAGCCAUUGGACAACAUUGUUUAGCUAUGAUUGGAUCAUUAAUUAUAUGUAGUCUGAAUAUAUAAUACUUCAGAUCCAACAACCCAUCAUUGAUUCAAUAUUUCUGUACAUCGACACUGCAAUAGUCAGACAUGUUUACUGAUUUGUAUACUCUGAUGUUAAAAAAAAGACGUACAAGUUAGCCCAUCUAUCAAUUUGAGUUAAGACUCGUGUGUUUAUUUUUAAGCAACGGCAUACUUUCAUUACUUUGGAUCAUACACGGUGCUGGUUGAUUCUUCCUUCCAACUAAUUUAGGUGGUAGACUCAUAACGCAUAAAUUCUCAUUUUUAUGAGGCACAAAAAAUGCUGGAGCUGCAAAAACCUACAUCAUAAUGGUAGAAAAAGAAUAAUAGGUACUACUACAAUGGAUGAAUUCACGAUUAAUGUAAAAAAUCGCACCAGAGCAGGAGUACUUUUAUAAUUGCUUACUUGCAUGUAAUAAAGUUACAUUACUUUUUUCAGCUUCGACAAACAGUAGGAUAAUCCAUUUUUUGGUUGAAACUCUUCAAAAGUGUAAACUGCAAAAUUUUUACAGCUUUUUCUAUAUAAUUAGCAUGUUGCACUUUAUGAAAAAAUGGUUAUUUUCGUAUUUUUGUAUUAGUUUACUCUUAUUAUUAGUGGUUAUUGUUAUUCAAUAACCAGAAUUGAACCUGACUACGUGAAUUGUUAUCGCGUUGGUAUGUAUGGUAUGAAGGCAUGUUUCAUUGUGUGUACGUACGUAUGGUUUGUAUGUAUGUAUUAGUAGUUCAAAAGUGUAAUAAAGUAAAUGUUUCUUACAUUUUUUCGUGACUGUACUUAUGUCUUGGAGUCGAGACAGUAAGUAGCACGUUAUCGAAAUAAAUAUUUGUUUUUAAAUAUUUAUUUUAAUAUUUUCACGCAUUACCUUAUAUCACUAUUCUAUAGCGUAUCUACCGUUAUAGCUCGAUAUGUUUGAAUUAAUAGUUGUCGUUUCACAUCAUAUACACUAUCAACGAAGUUUUUUAAUACCGACACAUUUAAUCACAUAAUUAUAGUCUAAAAUAUGGGCAUGACCUAUACAUUUUCUUCAUGGAGUUUUGCUCAAAAUGUAUUUCAUAUCAACGACUGGUCAUAUUUUCAACAAUCCAAUUAUCAAGCUUAUAUAAGAAACCCUUUUCAAUGUGCAGUGUGUCAUAUAGUCAUAUAUUUUGAAAAACAAUAUUUCUUCACUACGUUAGGUACGUUAGGUAACGGGUUGUACCUGUACCAUUUUGUACAGUAUUUCGAUCAGCAAGACUUGCCAUUUUUAAUAAUUGUAUUUUCUUAUGUUGAUUAUUUCAUCAGAUUUUUCGUACAUCAUCAAAAUUCUUUGCUUCUGUAAUCAUAAAGUUAUAACUAGAGCAAAACUGAUAUAUUAUGUUUUGUACUUAAUUAUAUGUUGUAUAAAAAAAUUUCUUGAAUGGGUUAAUAGACUGUAAAUAUUUGGUUUUAAGAUUAGUUAUAGAAUUGCUGAUUUUAUUAUUUUAAAACAUAUCAGACAUUAGACAGACACAUAUUCGAAACUUGUUCUGUGUCAUGAAAUUCUUACUAUGAAAUGAGAUUACACAAUGUGUACAAUUUUACCUGUUGUGACUCUCAUUUUGUUUUAUGCAAUUUACAUACAAAGAAAUGUAUACGGAUGUGCGUGUACUUAUUUAUAAUAAUUCUAAGAUUUAUGUUCAGCAUUACAAAGUGUUUUGAAUUUGAGUUUGAUUGGUCGAUGCUGCGUACUGGACAACGUUUUUAAACUUAAGUGUAAGGUAUUAAGAAUAACACAGACGGAAUAAAACGGCAUUAUAUUAAUUGGGAAACACUUUGUAUAUACAUUAUAUAAUAAUAUCUAUAAUUAUAAGUAUUGACGUUAACGAUAAAUCUUAUGAUUUAUCGAGGUAAAAGUAAAACAUCAUAAUUGUAGUGUCAUAAUACUUCAUAACAUAACAUAAGUUAAUUAAUGCAGGUGUUAACUAAACUUACCAAUUUCGUAUCAAUGCGUUUAAAGUUUGAACCAAGAUAAUCAGAAAGAUUUGUACUAUUGCUUUUAUUGAACAUUUGUUCAAAUUACUGAAGAGAUGAAUUAAGCAAGAUCGAAAAGUGCCAAAAAUUUUGUGCUAUAAGCGUUUCGUAUUUAUUUACUGAGAAUCAUAGGUUUUUUUCUUCUGAAAACUAUCGUAUUCCACAUCUCGCUACAAAUGAGAGACAUUUUUUUAUCAUUUGGAUUCUUGUUAAUUCAACUCUUUGGCUGAAGAUUCUAGAUAUCAGUAAUGUAAUAAUGGGUUCAUUACCACCACGUAGCUAAAACUGACUGAUUUAAAAAUAAGUUUUAUAGCUCACUUUUUAAUAGAAAUUAUGUGUGUAACUUUGUAGGUAAUACCGAAAAUAUCACGUGAAAAAUAUUAGCAGUAGUAUGACAGGCGAAACCAUUUACAAAAAUUGCAUGAUUUCUGAAUAUUUUGGUCAGUUCUAUGAGAUUUAAAUUAUCGUCAGUAGAAUAACGGUAGCAAUCUCAGAAUUGAAAGGCUGCUUAAAAUGAUCAGAUAACUGGUAAUUGCAAGUGUUUUAUUA